CUAUCAAUUUCAGCUUCAUUUCGUGUGUUUCCACUGAACUUUGAGUGUUUCUUUGUGUGUCAAAGCAUCUUACAUUUAUGAAUUUUAUUUCGAGUGAUUUCACAGUUUGAAAUAUCUUCGCGACCCCUGUGUUUCGCGGAAUCCCGUUUGGCGCCAAUGGGGUGGUAGCUCAUCUUUAGAAUUCCAUUUUAACACUAGAUUAUUCCCACCAAACUCGUUUAAUAGUUUUAUUGUGUAGAGGAAGCAUUUGAAUUUUGAUUUCAACCCCUAUCGCGUUCAUUUUCAGAUCGCUUAAUAAAAGUUUUUUUGUUCCUUUCGGUCGUACACGUCAACGAUCAGCACCAUCUUAGGCUGGCUACUUGGGGGUCCCAAGCUGAAUCUCUGGCGCCUUUCCCGGAGAAGGAUCUCCAAAGUCGAGCUUUCUUUGUUUCGUGGACUCAUAUUUUUAGUUACCAUUCCGAAAUUUGUCCAGUUACCUCUUAAAGUUCGCGAUCGAAGUCAGUGAACUGCCGGUUUGAAAGUCGUUCGCCGGUUCAUGUGUUGUAGUUCGAGGACAUUCUUGUUGGAGUUCGUUACCCUUUAUUCUCAAGGUAAGCAUUUCUCCGGCGGCGAAGAAGUUCAUUAUUAUUUGCCGUGCGGUUCGCAGUCGGCCUUGAAUUUCGGUUUUUCGGUGUGAUCUGAUUCCUAAUGUGCCUUCAACAGCCUGCUCAAACUUACCCCUAUAAUUAGAAGCUUAUAGUUGACCAUGCACCGACAAAGUUGUCAACUAACCAAAGCUGCAUCUUUGAAGCGCAAACGACGGUCAUCAGAAAAUUUCAAUAAUAUUGAGAAUCAACCUGUACCUAGUCACCACGACAAAAAAUUUAAAGAUGAAGACACAGACUGUGACUCUGAUCACUCGGAAACCGGCAGCAGGCUGCCACUCUCUGAGAUUUCGGUCUUAGCAGCCACAUCAAAAGAUCAAAGGUGCUUGUCUGCUGGCUCCACGGACAGUGAGCUUCCGAAUGUGGAUCGAUUAAGCGUUUCUGACACCAGCCCAGAAAGUCCGGCUAUCAGUCCAAGCGGACUCUUACCUAAAGACACCAGCUUACUGUCGGACUUCGGCCUGAGCCCUGGUGAGAGUGAGUCUCCUUCUCCGGUCAAGCCUUGCAGCAGUGGUUCCAAGUUAGUUUCAGCUUAUGGACAACUGACCCCUUCAGACUCGCAGGUUGAGCAAAGUGAAUGGAACAGCUGUCGCACAACAUCAUGUUUACCACUGAGGGACAGUCCAUUUCCAGUCUUGGAAUGGGCAGAUCACAAGGAGCUAUGGCGUCUAAUGUGUUCAAAAGAUGAAUCCACUCUAUCGCAAAGAGAUCCCAACAUGUUCGAUCAUCACCCUAGCCUUCUACCUCGUAUGAGGGCAGUCCUUUUGGAUUGGAUUAAUGAGGUGUGUGAAGUAUACAAAUUACAUAGAGAGACGUUCUAUUUAACAGUAGAUUAUUUAGAUAGAUAUCUGUCUGCAAGAGAAGGAGUCCCAAAACAACAGCUACAAUUAAUAGGCAUAACGUGUCUUCUCAUUGCAUCAAAGAUGGAAGAAAUUUAUCCCCCUAAAGUUUCCGAGUAUGCCUAUGUUACCGAUGGUGCCUGUACAGAGUCUGAAAUCCAUGCCAUGGAGUUGUCUAUUCUCAAAGUGUUGCAUUGGUGCCUUUCUCCAUUCACAAUUCACAACUGGUUGUCUGUGUAUUUACAGUUAUGUUAUCAGGGCAAUGAGCGGCACAACCUUGGCUUUGUCUAUUCGCAGUUCUCGCCUGCCCUCUUUUCCCAGCUGUGCCAGCUAGUUGAUCUAGCAACUCUAGAUAUAAACUCCCUUAAAUUUUCUUAUAGUGUCAUUGCAAUUUCGGCUGUUUAUCUUGUUUGCAGUGAACAGCUGGCUCUUCACGUAUCAGGUUUUAACUAUUCUUUUAUAUCGGAUUGUGUGGACUGGAUGAGGGAUUUCUGGAAUGUCUUAUUGGAAGAGAAUCCUGGAGGUCGGAUGGAUGCCACCUCUACAGCACUUCCGCCAGGCCCCAAUAAAGUCAGUGCUUUUGAUCUUACGCACACCUUACAAACUCACUCCGUCACCCUAGAAAUGCUGGAAUCUGGUCAAGCAAGACAAGAAGCAAGAAUCAGAGAGAAACUCAGCAAAGCCAGCCCGUUGGUGGUAACAGCAAAUUUGAAUUUGUUAACCCCUCCUUCUAGUUCCAAGAAAGCUUGAACAUUGUCCUGCUUAUGGCUGGGCCUCUGCGUUCCUGUUCUCGGUUUCCUCUACCAGGUAUUAGUGGUACUUUUUUUCCCUCUUCAUCUUGAAUUCUUCUCUUGAUUGGCAACCCUUAUGUGCGGAUUGAUUUUGCGUAUGAUACCUUGUGUACAAAGUUACGUUGUUUCGAAUUUUAUUCUGCGGUACCAGGGGAACUUGUUUCAGAUAUUUCAUUCUGUUAAUUUCAGAUAACUAGUUUUUAAGGAGGUGUGCAACCCUUAUUCUUUGUCCUCUGUACCUUUUAAAUACGUUUUCAUUAUACAUUUAAGGCAUCGCGUGGGGAAAGGGCCCUUUUUUGUGUUAAAUAUCUAUGGAACAGUGCCUUUUUCACACCAAUCACCUAAAUUUCCGAAAAAAGCAAAUUUCAGUCUAUGCUAUUACUACGGAGCGUGCCAUCCUCAUAAAGAGGUUUUUUAAUAAGUAACUGUCUUUUUAUUUUAAACCUUUGACAAUAGUUUUAUUCUUAAGAUGUGGCUGUUCAAAAUAAUCUUGUUAAGAUGAUAGUUAAAUAAUAUGAGUAACAGCAUUGUUUGCUGGUAUAAAAAUGGCCUUAUUGUAAAGAGGCAAAACAUUAGGGACCUGAUAAACAUGAGGGAAAUAGUUUCCUCAGCAUGAUGCAUGAAUGCCACAACUGUUGUAAACUUGCUCCACUUUGCCCUUUGUAUCCUAGGAAAUUAAGCUUACAAACUCGUUAAAUUAAAGAACAUGCUGCACACCUCCAAAUUUGCAAUUUUAUUUCUUCUAGGUAUUAGUCAAUUGUUGUAAAUACUGUAAAGCGUUAUUUCAAAAUAUUACCGUUGAUAUUUCCCAGAAAGUGUUAAAUUUCAUCGUUCAAGUUGAUUUGAAAAAAAAAUUUAGUAUGAAAUUUUUUAUCUAUUCGUUCUUUUACUGUUAAGACUUACUCCUGAGAGUAUUCUCAGACUUGUCGUUUUUUAGUCUCUCAGCGUUUCUUCAAGGUAGAGAUUGUUAGGAAUAUUUUUCUUCUUAAUUCUUUCUAACCUGUAUUUGGGUUUGCCUGAAUUGAUGGUUCAUUGUGGAACUGUAAUGUACUGUUCUUGAUUUUAGGAAGUUUCUACAUGUACAGAAUAAAGUAAUUUACUUGAUGGAGAACCUGCAGCGGAAGACAUUCUUGUCCUCGUUUCAUGUCACUCCAUCAGAUUUUAGAUUUUUUCCCUUUUCUUCACACUGACUGUUUUUCUCUUUCUAGUGUCUUGCUUUAUUUGAAAACAGGACAAGAGAUCCCCCUCCCCCCCCAACUUAAAAGAAUAUUUUGACUUGACUCCAGUCAAUGAGUCUGUUCAAUAAUUUUUAAUUGUUGCAUUUUUGGAGAGUUGAAAAUGUAUUUACGCAGGAAUUUUCCUGGAUUUUUCUUAUUAAUACUAACCCACAAAAACAAGUUCUAAGUUGUGUAUUUUGAGCUUCCAUCUAACUGUAUCGCCAUGAUGACUUCUGUCAAUAUCCAUCUUGCCGCAGCCACAAUCCCAAUUACGCAUUGUCUCUGUGAAGAUCCAUGGUGUGAGUAGUUUUUAUGAAUGCAUGGCUAAGCAGACUUUUAUUUGCAGCAGAGGCAACACUUGAUCGAGAUUGUGGCCGAGAGGUAUAUUUUCAGACACAUCUUGGCCUCUCGGUGAUUCUUAAUAUCAAAAUGAAGAUAAUUUGAUGAAUUUCUGUAAUUUUGGUCAGGAAAUCUUACUCCUUAAACUCUGUAGACUUUUUGGAUGUCCCCGAAGGAAAAGCUCAAUUGCCUAAGUAAUCUGUACGAACAACAAAGCUUUUACUGUACAGUUAAAUUUGUUAAUUUACUCAUACUUUGAAGAUGUAUCUUAAUAAUGCCUCAUUUAUACUAUCACGUCUCAUUCAUCAGAAAUAACUUAGCAAUUUGUUCUCCUCCAAGAUCAAGUACAUGGAGCAAUCUACCAACUUAUUUACAUCAUUUGUGUUCUGUCCCACUGUCAUGUGAGAUUCCUCUACAUAUCAAUCAGAUUUAUUCCAAGCAUUAAAUAGUUACAUUCCUUUCCGUCUAUAAAAAAAAUUUCUCUACCUUUUUUUUUUUUAUUUAUUGGAAAUGGUGAUAUUGAUAAGUCUAUAAACUUAAAAUGAUAAUUUUUUCGUAAUAUUAUAUCUAAAGACUGCAUCAAAAUGUAAAUAUUUGCUCAUUUUAAGCACAAAGUGUCUGUUAUGCAACUAGAAUUUUAUUUUUUACACUGGUCUGCAGGUGGCCAAUGAAUUGAAAAAUGUAUGUCUGAACUCCCUGUAUCUGAAGUCAUGUUAGGUAAUAAUAGGUCUUGCAAGUUCUAGCAUUCUCUCUGUCUUUUUUUAGACUCUUCAGUUGAAUUUCCAGUUGAAAUAGUUCGAGGCUUUAGUUAAGUUUUUGACUCACUGCUCACUCUCUUUACAACUAAAUAAAAUUUCCUCCAUGUUCCAAGCAAAUACAACUUGGAUCUCCAAUGUUAGUAACUGUGAGCACAGCAUCUAAAAUUUUUGACCCACCUCCUGAGGUGCAAACUUCUACUGGUAUCAAGCCCUAGAUUACGAUCCUUCAAUGUAAUCCUUCGUAGUCCGUAAAUGUGUCCAUCACGUCAAAAAGUGAACUGAAUCCUCUUGCAGAAAUUCGACUGUUUUUCACAUAGUUAACUUUACUAUACAGGUAAAUAUCUGUAUAAACGGGAUCAUUUUCAAAUUGGCUUUGAAAAUUAACUAAUUGUUGUGAUAAACCUCACUAUUUUGCCCUUGUGUCUUUACCUACCAUUUUCUCUCCUCUCUGGUUUAUAUCCUACCAGAGGGAAGAUUGAUAGCUAGACUAAAGAGAUUAUAUUUUGAAAAUUUUCAACUGAAGUGGGGGAUGAAGUUGUAAAAUGAAUUUUGCUCAAUUAUGAAAGUAUCCAAGAUCGUUGCUUUUCAAGACAGAUAUCAAGUUAGGUAUGGGUAUUUUUGAUGUUAUUUCCUAGUAUGACUGAUUGAAUAUUUUAAUGCUAUUUGGAUCUUCCAUCUUUAAAUUGUGAAUUUCUUCUUUAUGGAGCUAAAUUUACAUGAUUUUGUUUAUGAACUGAUUUGAGACUGAUAAAACAUAUCCCUCUGCUUUGUUGCUAGAUGGUUUCCAAUUCACACUGUAUCAAAUUCUCUAAUAUAUAUUAAAAUUUAAGAUAAUAUUUCCACCAACCUUUUUUGAUCUCACUCUCAGUUCGGUUUGCUAUUUGGUUCAGAUGAUCUCAGCCUUACAUUGUCUUUCUCUUCAAUGAAAAGCGUUCAGUGCCCUGAAGGCCCAUACUUGCUUUUUUUUUUUUAGUCUAUUUGUAAAAUGGUAAUAAAUUUAAAUAAAUGAGAACUUCAAGAAACCUAGCAAGUUUGUUUCUGUGAAACCAAGCAGUCUUGAAGUAUAAAUUGGUCUGAAAAUUUGGAGGCACACAUUUUUGUCUUCCUUCAUGAAUACAUAGUUGUAUCACUUUAGUAAAUUCCCCCUUUCAGGAUGAUAUUUCAAUUUAAAAAUUUUGAAAUGAAUCCCCUCUAAGAAAUGUUAGUCGCAAAUAUUUUAGUAGAUAAUUAUUUUACUAGAGACCAGGGUGAUCACUUUUGAGGUGCCACCAUGGUUUUUACUUUCUUUUCUUUUUUUCAUUUUGAUUGUUGUUCUAAAAAAUUCAAAAGUCUGAUGAAUAUUUAUGUCAGUGUGUUUCAAAGGCCUUAUAUUAGAUACUUAUUAAUCAUUAGUACUCCCUUAUUGUACGUUUCUACAUCUGCCAUCCCCAUAAAUAGUAGGAAAUGAGAUGAGUUCAAAUUAUCAUUCAUUUUUGUCCCUAGAAACGUACCAGUUGUCUUCCUAAUUAGUUACAUUCUGCCCUAUUAACAGUGCCCUUUUCUGCCCUGUCUGGGCGACUCGAUUACUUUUGCAAAUGAUAGAUCAUAGAGCAGUACAACGCAAACUGUUAUGAUGGAUAUAAGAAGUGUAUGUCAUGCACCAUGUUGUGACCCAAAAAAAUUUCGCCCCCCUACUUUUUAAUUUUCUCCGACUACCGAAUUUUUAUGACCUCAAAAUGUAAAACUCCUCUCUUUUGUCAUCCUACAUUGUCAGGGUAUUUAGUCUCAACAAUUUUUUUGUUUGUAUUUAUUUGAUUUUUGCCAUCUGAUUUCAUCAGUUUAUUUUCUUACUUCAAUAACCAUUCUUAAUUCAGUUGCUUAGUCAGUAACUUUCGCAUCAAAUUAAGUUUUUCGAGAGAAAUGUGUGUUGUUCCAUUCAGUUAAUUUUGAAUGUACAAAAUAGUUUAUCCUGUUCUGUGGAGAAUUGAUUUUUUAAUCCUUUUCAUUUACUUUCAAUCAACGUUUCUCAACCGUUCAUGUGAGGUACCGUUGUCAGCCCUCUGUAACAGUGUAAUUUUAAGCGAAUUGAGGCUGUUAGUUUCAAGGGUUAUUUUCACACUCUGCCUUUGAUUAGUCAAAAUUGGUUCUUGCUGUUGCACAAUUGUUAGAUAUUGAAUAGCUUAUCGAUCAGUCAUGUAAAAUUCAAGCAAGAACUAAUUUAUAAUGGACUUAAAGGUAUAUAAAAGCAUUCAUGGUUCGAAUUGUUAAUUUUUAAUAGUCUUCAGUAAGAGCCUUUUAUAUCCUCUCUAGCCUUUUCUCUCCCUAAAUGAAUCUUGCACCUAAUAGACACCAGUGAAUAUCCAUUUUUUAGAUUUCCUUGAUAACUCUUUCAUUUAGCUAUGAGAAUUCAUACUAAAAAAAAAUAAAGCAAUACCAAUGUUCAGUUUAUCUUAUUUUAGAGCAUUGUGUAAAAAAAGAGAAAAAAAAGAAAACUAAAAUAAAAAUGUUUGGAGUUCUCGUUUUCUCCAGUAGCACCAGAUGGUAUUUAUUUCUCAAACACUUUGUGAAAAGCAUUCUGCUAAGAGUUAGGGUGAGAAUAAAUAGCCAAAACAACUGCCUGUUUUUGUAACAAUAGGUUAUGGAUUUAUUUUAUUAUCAUUGAGAAAAACAUUAAUAAUAUGCUAACACAUUUUGGUAUCAACCGUAGUACCAUGAAUGAAGUAGAAAAGUAGACACAGAGUUGCUUGCAAUGAACCAGUUCUGUAAAACAAAUUACAGGAUCAUCCAUAGAAUUGAACAUAUGUUAUUAAACGCUCGGGGCUAAUUAAUUCACUAGCAGUGAAAAUGAAGGAACUACUCAGAAACUGCCAUGUGUUUUGUUUAAACAUAGAAAGUAUCUGUCAAUGAAAAGUCAGGAAUUACAAGAGAGUGUACAUGCAUCAUGAGGUGGCAAGUAGUAUUUUCCAGAAUCUAUAAAUACUGAGAGAUGAAUCUAAUAAUAAAAAGUGAUUAGUAAAGAAAAAUGGCGCUUCUCUAGAAGACCACAUUUCUGAGAAACAUCAUGAUGAAGUGGUAUGAAUUUAUCUACAGAUUGCAUAUGCAACAUCAGAUUACGUUAGCAUAUUAUCUGUAGUAAAUAUUAAAGUAAAUCCUUAACCUUUUGUAAUGAAAAUAGGCAGUAUUUAGCCACGCACUUUCACUGAAUUAUCUUUGUAACUUGGAGUCUAAAAGAAUCGCAUAAAUCUACUUCGUUCAGGUGUGUCUGCUCAACUUGUGCUUUUAUGUUUACCUCAGAAAUAUAUUUUGAUGGUUUUAACGGAAAUCAGCCUAAUCGCUUCUUACACUGCCUAAUUUUCUCUUAUGUUCAAUUUUGUUAGCAGGGAACUAAGCUGCUUUACAUCUUUGAAAUUUCUGUGACUGUAUUCUAGAUUAUAGAAAUUAUACUCACAAAAUUUCAAGUUUUGUUUGAUUAAUUUUCUGUUGAAAAAUAAAACAUCAAAGAAAAUUAAGUAACAGCUCAUGGAGUUGGGCCAAUCCUGGAUAAAUCCAUAAAUGUAUAUUCCUGCUGUUAGGUUCAAAUUUAGAAAAAUCGUCAUAGACUGACCUCCUCUAUCCGCAUUUUACUCUCCGUUGAAACUCUGAUAUAUUUUUAUCGUAUUUUUGUUUCAUUUAUUCGUGUAUCUUACUUUUGUAUCUUAUUUAUUUUAUUUUUUUUUUCAAUCUAGUCUUAGAUGGUUAGGAUUCUAGUAUCUCGCGUAGUGUACCUAAUUUUAAAUGCUUUUUAUAAAUUUUAUGGAGCGGUUGUAAAUAUUUGAUGGACCCAUUAAAAUGUAAAAUGGGGAAUAAAAAGAAAAAUCAUUCAAUUAGCCCAACUGCGUGCAUGUCUUUUUCAAUGUAGCUGUGAAUUCAUUCCGUAAAUGUUAAACUAAAAACAUCCUACCACAAAGAGUGUCUUCAGUCUUAUGUUGAAUCAAAAAAGGGUCCUCCCCAUGUUUUGUUGCCUUCAUUUGGCAGUGGAAUGUAAUUUUUAUGAAAAUACACUUCUAUAAUCCAAUGUCAGAUGCUGUUACUGAAGUCAGCCCUAUGGGAAAUGAGAGAAGUUCGACUGAACACUCAGUAAAUUGUGAACUCCCAAAUCAAGCAAUUUUCAAUUAAACGUUUAGUUGUACAUAUCAGCUCCAACAAGUUUUCUGCUAACAUUCCAGCAUGCAAAAUGCUGAUGAAUCCAAGAGUUUAAAGUUGUCAAUUUUGCAAUUGACAACAUUUGCUCGUGAAAUUGCCUUCAUUUUUUCACUUGCUUCAUUCGUGAUUGGCGUGCCUAAUAUUCUCGUUUUCUCUCAAAAUAUGUCAAUCUGUUUUAUACAUCUUAGCCUGUCUAAAAUUUCAGUCUAUUUUUGUGCCUGGAAAUGUAUGCAUGCACCGAAGUUUGUAAAGCCUCAGAACUGAGCAUAGAUGCAGAAGUUUUGAAAGUAUCAAGUUUAACUUUUAAGUAGUGUGUAUGAAAUGGGGAUUAGGUAUCACAUUUGUGUUUGACACUUUAUUGUUGGGGUGAUCGCACCAUUUGGAACUAGUUGGGAUUUAUUAUUUAUUUUUGGAAAUUGUUCACAGAACUGUUCAAUGUGUGCUUACUCGGAACCAUAUUGAAUUGUUUUGAUCAGAGAGCACCUCAAGCCAUUAUUAAGAGCUACAUAGUCUAUUUAUCUGUUCGUUAAAUGCAAGUUAAAUAUUAGCUUUCUGAUUUAAUAUUUAUCUUUUCCCUGUUGUUUUAAUUUUAAGUCGGAAUAAUGCUUUAUCUCAGUUAAAUCACUCUUUGAGUGAAAAGAGAGGAAGUUCGAUAGUAAGGAUGAGCAUAAAUGAAACUUGAAUGUAGAAUGUUUCUUUGAUAUCUUGUAUGAUAUGAAAAGUAUAAAAAGUGGAAUGUAAGCGCACAAAGAAAAUUAUGAAAUGAGGUAAAUAUUGACCGACUCAAACCAUACAUUUAUUAAAAUGUUGUCUUUCCUUGAUUUUAAUAAAUUCAUUGUAAUUAAAAUAAAUGCAUCUGUAUUUUUCCAAUGAA